AUGUGCAAGCCUCUGAUGUCUGCUCCUUUUCGUCUUCAGAUAAUGAUCCUAAAAGUAAAAGGAUAUGACCUAAAGGUGGAAUAUAUUCCAGGAAAGACACAGUUUAUUGCUGAUACUCUCAGCAGAGCUAGUCUUGAUGAAACGCCACCGGAAGAUGACAGAGAGCUAAAGGUGAACAUGCUACAACGGUUGUCGGUGUCACAGUCCAGAGAUGUUGAAUUCCAACAAAAAACUUCAAAUGAACUUCAUGAAUUGUAUGCAAUAAUCCAGUCAGGAUGGCCAGACACUAAACAACAGGUACCACAUGCUGUUAGACAAUUUUGGGAUGCACGAGAUGAAUUAGCAGUGCUUGAUGGUGUGAUAUACAGAGUGAUGAGAAUAGUAGUGCCACCAACAAUGCGAACAGCCAUGUUAAACCUGAUUCAUGAAACAUAUAUGGGGAUUGUGAAAACAAAACAAAGAGCAAGAGAAAUCUUAUACUGGCCAAGCAGGACUGCUCAGAUAGAGGAAAAAGUGUCAGAUUGUGCAAUUUGUCAUGACUAUGCUGCAGCACAGCAGAAAGAACCAUUAAUUCCGAGCCAAGCGCCAGACUUACCUUGGGUUGAAGUUGCAUCGGACAUCUUUAUGUUCAAUGGAGACAAUUACAUUCUUUCCAUUGACUAUUACUCCAAGUACAUUGAAGUCACACUACUCAAAAGACAUGUCCGUACAUGA